UUUUUAUAAGUGAACCACUGAACUAAAAAGCAGAGCAGACACAAACAUAGAGAGGCUUAAAACCAGGGUUGUUGUUGUUGUUGUUGUUGUGCCGGACAAGCAAUGGAUUUAAUGGAAAUGUGUUUCAUCGCUCUUGGUGCUGCAGUUAUUGUCUGCUAUGGAGUGAAAUUGCUGCUCUUCAGUAGGAUGUUUUUUCCAAAAAGGUGGUUUCCACUGUCAAAGUCUUUUUUCACCUCUAUGGGAGAGUGGGCAGUGGUGACUGGUGCUUCAGAGGGAAUAGGAAGAGCAUAUGCAUUUGCGCUGGCUGAGCAAGGAAUGAACGUGGUAAUCAUGAGUAGAACUAAAGGAAUACUGGACCAGGUGGCCAAGGACAUAGGUGUCACCACAGGGCAGAAGGUGAAAGUGAUGGUAACAGACUUCACCAAGGACAACAUCUUCAGUGAAAUUGAGGAUCAGCUCAGGGACCUCAACAUUGGGGUUUUAGUCAAUAAUGUAGGCAUUCUGCCCAGCUUCAUCCCCAGCAAAUUCCUUGAGUCUGCAGAUCUGGACCAGACAAUCACAAAGGUGAUAAACUGCAAUGUGAAAACCGUGGCCAAGAUGUGCAAAAUAAUCCUUCCAGGCAUGGAGAAAAGGGGAAAAGGGGUGAUUGUGAAUAUUUCAUCUGGAAUUGCCUCUAUUCCAUUCCCCCUGUACAGCCUGUAUGCUGCCUCUAAGGUGUUUGUUGAACGAUUUUCUCAAGGACUUCAUGCUGAAUACAAAGAUAAAGGGAUUAUUAUACAGACGGUGGCUCCAUUUGGGGUCUCCACUCGAAUGGCAGAUUACCAACCAACCAACAUGGUGACUCUGUCACCAGAGGACUUUGUAAAAAGCUCCCUGCAGUACCUCCGAGCUGGAGACAAAACACAUGGCAGCGUCUGUCACAUAGUUCUGGGCUGGUUACUGCAGUCUAUUCCUCUCAAGGUCCUCUAUGCAGAGUCGAUGCUGGGCAGUUUACAAGACUAUGUCAAGACGAAAGCAGCACGGAAGAUACACAUCUCUGCUUCAAGUGCAACUUUUGAAAAUGGAAAAAAUAAAUAACCAGGAACAGCAACGCCAACACUUUUGGCUUGAAUAUUUCACACUGUAAAUCAAAUUAUAAUUAUGGAA